AUGGGAAACACACUGCACUUUGCUUAUGAGUUUCCUGAAGAUGAUGAACAACUACUCGCUCUGAAGGUUUAUCGUCCUGUUUCAGAACCUCUCACUACUGUGAGGAACAUGCUAGUUUAUGACCCAACCACCAGUACUCUGAAUGUUCGAUGGGAUCAUGCAGAGGGAAAUCCUCGUCAGUACAAAGUGUUUUAUGGACCAACAGCUGGAGGUGCAGAAGAAAUGACCACAGUGCCAGGAAACACAAACUAUGUUAUCCUCAGAUCUCUUGAACCCAAUACACCUUACACUGUAACUGUGGUUCCAGUUUUCCCGGAAGGGGAUGGUGGACGUACAUCUGAUACUGGAAGAACUUUGGAGAGAGGAACACCAAGAAACAUUCAAGUUUACAAUCCCACACCAAACAGCAUGAAUGUCCGAUGGGAACCUGCUCCAGGUCCAGUACAGCAAUACAGAGUUAAUUACUCUCCACUGUCUGGCCCAAGACCAUCAGAAUCUAUUGUGGUACCAGCCAACACUCGUGAUGUGAUGCUGGAACGCUUAACUCCUGACACUGCUUACUCAAUAAAUGUUAUAGCUCUGUAUGCAGAUGGAGAAGGAAAUCCAAGCCAAGCGCAGGGCAGAACAUUGCCUCGCAGUGGACCAAGGAAUCUGAGAGUGUUCGAUGAGACAACAAACAGCCUUUCUGUACAGUGGGACCAUGCUGAUGGGCCGGUUCAGCAAUACAGAAUCAUUUAUUCACCCACUGCGGGAGAUCCUAUUGAUGAAUAUACAACAGUUCCUGGCAUAAGAAAUAAUGUCAUACUACAACCACUGCAAUCAGAUACGCCAUAUAAAAUAACUGUUGUGGCUGUGUAUGAAGAUGGAGAUGGUGGACAGUUGACUGGAAAUGGAAGAACUGUUGGCCUGCUUCCUCCUCAAAAUAUAUAUAUAACUGAUGAAUGGUAUACACGAUUCAGAGUUUCUUGGGAUCCUUCACCAUCCCCUGUUCUUGGCUAUAAGAUUGUAUACAAGCCUGUGGGUUCAAAUGAGCCCAUGGAGGUUUUUGUGGGAGAAGUGACAUCCUACACUUUGCAUAAUCUAUCUCCCAGCACUACUUAUGAUGUGAAUGUUUAUGCCCAGUAUGACUCUGGAAUGAGCAUACCUUUGACAGAUCAAGGCACUACAUUAUACUUGAAUGUCAGUGACCUAACAACUUACAAAAUUGGCUGGGAUACUUUCUGUAUCCGAUGGUCAGCUCACCGGUCAGCAACUUCCUACAGACUAAAGCUGAACCCAGCUGAUGGAUCCAGAGGACAGGAAAUUACAGUACGUGGAUCAGAAACAAGCCAUUGUUUUACUGGCCUCUCACCAGACACAGAAUACAAUGCAACUGUCUUUGUUCAGACCCCUAACCUUGAGGGACCUCCAGUCUCUGUGAGGGAACAUACAGUCCUCAAACCUACAGAGGCACCAACUCCACCGCCUACGCCUCCUCCACCUCCCACAAUCCCUCCAGCUCGGGAUGUAUGCAGAGGUGCCAAAGCAGACAUAGUGUUCUUGACUGAUGCUUCCUGGAGUAUUGGUGAUGAUAACUUCAACAAAGUAGUAAAGUUUGUCUUUAAUACAGUAGGAGCCUUUGACUUGAUUAAUCCUGCUGGAAUCCAGGUUUCAUUUGUGCAAUACAGCGAUGAAGCAAAAUCUGAGUUUAAACUGAAUACAUUUGAUGACAAGGCUCAAGCUCUGGGAGCUCUUCAAAAUGUUCAGUACAGAGGAGGAAACACACGGACAGGCAAAGCCCUAACAUUUAUCAAAGAAAAGGUUUUGACUUGGGAGAGCGGCAUGAGGCGAGGUGUUCCCAAGGUACUUGUUGUUGUCACAGAUGGUCGAUCACAGGAUGAAGUGAGGAAAGCAGCAACGGUCAUACAGCACUCCGGCUUCAGUGUCUUUGUUGUUGGUGUGGCUGAUGUGGAUUACAAUGAGCUGGCCAAGAUUGCCAGCAAGCCCAGUGAACGUCAUGUAUUUAUUGUUGAUGACUUUGAUGCAUUUGAAAAGAUUCAAGACAACCUUGUCACCUUUGUGUGUGAGACAGCUACCUCAACUUGUCCUCUUAUUUACCUGGAAGGAUAUACUUCACCUGGUUUCAAGAUGUUGGAAUCAUAUAAUCUGACAGAGAAGCAUUUUGCUUCUGUGCAAGGCGUAUCACUGGAAUCAGGCUCUUUCCCAAGCUAUGUAGCAUAUAGACUCCACAAAAAUGCCUUUGUCAGCCAGCCAAUACGGGAGAUUCACCCAGAGGGACUGCCACAGGCAUACACUAUCAUCAUGCUAUUCCGUCUUCUGCCUGAAUCCCCCAAUGAACCUUUUGCUAUUUGGCAGAUUACGGACAGAGAUUACAAGCCACAAGUUGGAGUUGUGCUUGAUCCUGGCAGCAAAGUGUUGUCAUUCUUUAACAAGGAUACAAGGGGAGAAGUUCAAACUGUAACUUUUGAUAAUGAUGAAGUAAAGAAGAUCUUUUAUGGAAGCUUCCACAAGGUUCAUAUUGUUGUCACUUCAUCAAAUAUUAAGAUUUACAUUGACUGCAGUGAAAUACUGGAAAAGCCAAUUAAGGAGGCUGGGAAUAUCACAACUGAUGGCUAUGAAAUCCUUGGGAAACUUCUGAAAGGUGACCGGAGAUCAGCAACAUUAGAAAUUCAGAAUUUUGACAUUGUGUGCAGUCCAGUUUGGACUAGCAGAGACAGAUGCUGUGAUCUUCCUUCUAUGAGAGAUGAAGCAAAAUGCCCAGCUCUUCCAAAUGCCUGCACCUGUACUCAAGACAGUGUGGGACCACCAGGACCCCCUGGACCUGCCGGUGGCCCAGGUGCUAAAGGUCCCAGAGGUGAAAGGGGUUUGACUGGAUCAUCUGGGCCACCUGGUCCUCGUGGUGAGACAGGUCCUCCGGGCCCCCAAGGUCCUCCAGGUCCUCAAGGUCCCAAUGGGCUUUCAAUCCCAGGAGAACCGGGUCGUCAAGGAAUGAAAGGUGAUGCUGGCCAGCCUGGACUACCAGGACGAUCAGGAACCCCAGGCUUACCUGGUCCUCCUGGCCCAGUGGGACCUCCGGGUGAAAGGGGUUUCACAGGAAAAGAUGGUCCCACAGGUCCCAGAGGCCCACCAGGACCAGCGGGUGCCCCAGGAGUUCCAGGAGUUGCUGGUCCAAGUGGAAAGCCAGGGAAACCAGGAGACCGAGGGACACCAGGUACACCUGGAAUGAAGGGAGAAAAAGGUGACAGAGGUGACAUUGCUUCUCAGAACAUGAUGCGAGCAGUUGCAAGACAAGUUUGUGAACAACUGAUAAAUGGCCAAAUGAGCCGAUUCAAUCAAAUGUUGAAUCAAAUCCCGAACGAUUAUUAUUCAAAUCGUAACCAGCCAGGGCCACCAGGACCACCUGGCCCUCCAGGAGCUGCUGGGACAAGAGGAGAGCCUGGACCUGGAGGAAGACCAGGAUUCCCAGGACCUCCUGGGGUCCAAGGACCACCUGGUGAAAGAGGAAUGCCUGGAGAGAAAGGCGAAAGAGGGACCGGAUCUCAGGGACCACGAGGUUUGCCAGGACCACCUGGUCCACAGGGAGAAUCCAGAACAGGUCCACCAGGCUCCACAGGAUCACGAGGACCACCCGGGCCUCCAGGUCGUCCUGGAAAUGCGGGUAUUCGAGGUCCUCCGGGGCCACCAGGAUAUUGUGAUUCAUCCCAGUGUGCUAGCAUUCCUUACAAUGGCCAAGGAUUCCCAGAACCAUACGUGCCUGAAAGCGGACCCUAUCAGCCUGAAGGUGAACCCUUCAUAGUCCCUAUGGAGUCAGAAAGGAGAGAGGAUGAGUAUGAGGACUAUGGAGUUGAAAUGCAUUCACCAGAGUACCCUGAGCACAUGCGCUGGAAAAGAUCGCUGUCAAGAAAAGCAAAAACAAAGCCAUGAAAGAUCUGUGUCUUGCUUUGUGUUUUUUUGGGGGGGUUGGUUGGUGGUUUUUGGUUUUGCUGUACUUGCAUUUGCAGAUACACACAAGGGAGAGUGCAUCGUUUGUUUGGCAGUACUAUAGCUUUCUGCUCUUCUCAUAUCAGACACACCCUUGUGCUGUAUCUUGCUUGUGUGGGGAUAGCAAUAUGUAUAACUAGCAACUUUGUUAUGCUCUGGGCAUGCUUGUAAAAUACUAUUGCUUACAGGGGCUGCAUAUUGGUUAAUAUCUGCAUUCAAUUAUCCCAGGGCCGCCUUUUCCUUAAAAUAAUGUUUA